AUGGCCUUGACGCCUGGGGCUUUGAAGCCCGGAUUGCCAUUGCCAACCACGCGUCACUGGCGCAGCCCACUCACGCGUCAAAGCCAAAUUCGACAACUCCUCUCCUAUCUCGGCUUAUUUUCCCUCGCAUUCACUUUAUCCAAGAUCCUACCCUCCCCAUGGUCGCUUUUCCACGCUGAAAACGCGUCAAAGAUUGCGUUUGUCAAAGGCACUCAAGAUCCAGCCUCUCAGUGGAAAGACAACGUUUGGCCACUUCGUGAACCAACACCAUGGGAUAUCUCUACCGACUUUCCGUAUCCGAGGACCUUGGAAUAUGAUGUGCAGGAAGGAACUUGGCUGCGACUCGACGUCCAUCCCAUAUCUGGCGACAUUAUCUUCGACAUGUUAGGGGACAUUUAUUGUAUUCCGGGUGGACGAGAUUAUACCCAGACCAGCACGGCCCGCCCUGUUCUGUUGGGCGUCCCCCAUGACUCCGACCCUCACUUCUCACCCCAGGGUGAUAGAAUCGUUUACAGGAGUGAUGCAGAAUUGGGAGUGGAAAAUAUCUGGGUAACGGAGUGGAAGGGAUGUGAACAUAUGGAUGUACGGUCGGUGACUCCGAGUGAAGAGCUUUUAGAUGCUCUAAGCCAGAAGGAGUAUGAAGAUUCGUUGCUUUCUCGUGGGGUGCAAGAGGCUCAAAAAAGGAGGGUGAACCGCCUUUUGCGAGAGGGACGUUUGAACGCUCAACGCGUAACGAAUGAGACCUACAGAUAUGUCACCGAUGCGCGUUUCCAUCCAUCUGGUCAUAAAGUCAUCGCGACGAAAUGGUACACUUCCGACCGCUCCCUCGGAGCAGGAGAGAGUUGGGAAUACUCUAUCCCUCAUUUGAAAGACAUACAUAAACAUCCUAAAAUUCAUGCGGGCAGCGGAACUCGUGUGAUUGGUCGCAGCCUUCCAUCAGGUUGGACUGCAGAGGAUUAUGGCGAGCAGCAAAUUGGCCCUGAACAGGCAAUUUGGAAAGGCACAGACGCAAUUAUCUACUCGAAAAAUAUUCAAGAUGCCAGUGCAUUCACCUACAGCAAAGAUGUCCACAAGGGAAUUUAUUCCAUCUUUCAAUACAAUCUCACCACUCGCAUCACCACAACCCUCGUCGAGGCCUCCCCAGGCGGAGCAAGUAGACCUGAGCUCUCCCGUGAUGGACGCACUCUCGCCUUCGUUCGCCGAGUGCGAGACAAAGAGGCGCUCGUACUGAAAGAUCUUGAGACAGGGACAAUCUACAACGUUUGGCAUGGUUUGACGUAUGAUUUGUCUGGUGUCUCUGCUCCAAUGGGCACAUAUCCCUCAUUCGCGUUUACGCCAUCUGACGAGGCUAUCAUCAUCUGGGCAGCUGGUCAAAUUUACUCGGUUCCGUUGUCAGUCAACAAGCGUGGAGAACGGAAGGCCUCAUCCACUGCCCCUAGGCCGAUCCCUUUUACAGCACAUAUCGAGAAACGCAUUGCUGAAACGCGGCGUUCAGAAAAUCCUCUAGUUAGCAUCGAGACGAAUGAUACCCAAAGAGUUCGGGCAUUCACAGAUCUGCGAGCAGACGAGAAAGGAGAGAAAGUGAUCUUCCAAGCCGGCGGAGUUACUUAUGUCCAAGAAGUUGGCAAGAAGACAGCAAUCAAGGUGCCAACACUAGAGAGAUAUGCUCCUUAUUAUUCACCUUCAUUUGUGUAUGGUGCAGACCACUUUGUUCUCCAUGCUCGCUGGUCAGACGAGACCUUCACCACGUUUGAACUUGCAGAUAUUCACUCCGGAUUUUCUUUUGAGCUGGAUGGUCUCCCAUUUGGUCGAUACUUCUCUCCGAUUCUAUGCGAAUGUCCAAGCUCGCACAGGCAGAUUGCAUUCAUCAAAACUGGGGGAGAUUACAUGACUGGUGACAUUCUGGCCACUGCAGGUGCUGGACUCUACAUUGGAGACAUUACGCUGCCACCUUCGGACUCGCUCGAAUCCAAGAAGAUCGCUAUUCACAAUCUCCGCUUCAUUCCUUCUGAAAUCGAAACGACUGACCGCGUCAACAUGAGAUUCAUGGACGGAAAUAAGAAACUCCUCGUCCAGCAGUCCAACCGAGCCUUCACAAUCAAUCUCGGGUCUGGAGCUGAUAAGCUGGGCAACUACAAACACCGCACCAUCGCAACUGGUCGAAUGUCGAGGGAGUUGGCUGUUUCUCCACGACAACGCCGGGGGCGGCAAUCCAUCGUUGUUGACAAUGUCGCGUUCGUUGAUUUUUUCAACGUAUACCUCGCUCCGGGAGAUGGCACCAAAAAAGCUGGCAAAUCAGUGUGGUCCAGGCCUGCCAACGCAACAAAGGGCUUGGUAAGGUUGAGUUUAGAUGGUGGUCAUGAUGUGACCUGGAGUAGGGAUGGCAAGACGUUGUUCUGGUUCUUGGGACCGUUCUUACACUCCUUGGAGGUGUCUAAGCUGCAUCAUUGCUCGUCAGCCAUCAAGCACGACCGCCUAAACUUUGGUAUUUCAUGCGUCAAGAACUUGCUUGAAUAUCAAGAGAUCGUCAUUGAGCACACCACCGACAUUGCACGUCUGAAAAGGGAGGCUGCUGCGAUCGCUGAGGUGCCGGAUAACUCGGAUGUUUUGGUUGUCUUAAAUGCAACCAUUCUUACCAUGGCAUCGGGAAAAGUUGAUACUGAUCUGAUACGCAACGGUAUUCUCGUCAGUCGGGGCGGCGUUGUUGAAUAUGUCGGUGCAAUCGGCGGUUAUACCACGGCUCCUGGUGCUACCAUCAUCAACGCUCGAGGUGGUUUCGUAAUACCAGGCUUUGUCGACGUUCACGCACAUUGGAACGGUUUCGAAUAUAGAUACCCUGCUAAGUCAUGGGAAAUGGAAACGUUCCUUGCCUACGGGGUAACGACCCUUCACAAUCCCAGUGCAGACAACGUAAACAGCUUUGUAGAACGCAGUCUAGUCGAGAGUGGGCGGAUGAUUGGUCCUCGCAUUUUCUCAGUCGGAGACAUCAUUUACGGUGCUGGGGGUGAUGUUCAUCAAGACAUCGUCGACAUGGACGAGGCGCGUUCCGCUUUGAUACGAAUCAAAGCAGAGGGUGGGCCUGGUGCUAUUUCGUACAAGAACUAUAACAUCCCUUCAAGAGCAUCCCGACAGCGAUUGCUGCUCGCAGCACGGAACUUGAGUAUGCUGUGCGUUCCUGAAGGAGGCAUGAAUUUCGAUUGGGACUUGACGUAUAUUGUGGAUGGUAUGACCACAAUCGAACAUGCCAUCCCAGUACCAACACUCUAUGAAGACGUCUUGACACUUUAUACCCUUAGCGGGACAGGAUCCACUCCUACGCAUAUCGUAAAUUAUGGUGGGGGAUGGGGAGAGCAGCUUGUGUGGGCUACAGAAGAUAUACCCAACGAUCCGAAGCUGCGACGUUUCACGAAGCACGAUAUUUUGGAGAGCCUGUCUGAAUCUAUUGCACGACCUGCUAAUUCUUAUGCGCUCUUUAAUACCUCUGCAUCAGUCGCGAAGAUGGUUCAAAGAGGCCUUCUAGCGAACAUCGGUGCUCACGGAGAGCCGCCUCUGGGCGUCAACUACCACGCAGAAAUGGGUUUCACCAGUGCAGGCGGUUUGAGUAAUUAUGAGGUCAUUCGUGCUGCAACAUCCUCCGGAGCAUCUACACUCGGGCUUCAGUCGUCCAUCGGCUCCUUGUCGCCAGGCAAACUUGCUGAUUUCCUCAUAUACCCACCUGGGAUUGAUCUUCUUGAGGGAGAUAUCGGAAGCACUAGGGAUCUGCUAUACGUGGCUAGGGGUAGCCGCCUAUGGGAUGCGUCGACGAUGGAGGAAGUGUGGCCUGUUAAAGGGAGAAAGCAGGUCAUGCCAAUCUUGAAUGCUGAGUAG